UCAUUCGCACGACAGCAGAGCUCGCGCUUGCACAAUGAAACUAUUCCUGCUCGCCGCUCUCGUGGCCAUCGUUACGGCAGGGGAGCACAAAUUAAAAUGUAAAACCGUCUCCGUGCGUGGCAAGAUUCACAAGAAAGACGUUUUAGCCACCGGUAUCAACCGGCCCUACCAGCUGUCUAUGUACAAACAUGAACACAAAAUCUUCUUCAGCUACAACGUUGGAAAAAAUGAAGAAGACACAUUUGAAAUCGGCUACAUAAAAAAGGGUGAGAAAAAUGUGACGGCAAUAAAAGAGGUAUUCAAUGGUUUCGCGUCAGCUGUGGACGAGGAAAACCACCACGUGUACCUGGGCGGCAGCAAGGGUAUUUACAAACUUAACCUGAAAAAUAACAACGAGACUCUUGAGAAUAUUGUCAGCGGUUAUAAUAUUUGGUACAUGUUCUUUUAUAAACAUCUUUACUUCAUUGAUUUUCCGUCUCAAAAUCUAUACGUAUACAAGAAAAACGCUACAAAAGUGCAUUACAUAAAAGACAAGAUUUAUCAAUAUGUUAUUGACAAAGAUGGUGAUCAGUUUAUUACGACCGACAAGGGUCUGUACCGGAUCAAAGAGGGCUCCAGCGCCGGCCACGACCGCCACCAGUACUCCGACAUCAAACUUUUCCGCGGAGCAGCGUUGGAUAACACUGGACAUGCCUACUUUUGUAGCAACCACUCCAUUUAUGCUACUAAUAAAAAUAACCAUACUCUAGUGGAAAUAGCCUACGUACGCAAUGUAUUUGGGAUCACAUUUGAUAACCAAGAUAAUAUUGUUUAUUCUGAUCCCAAGAACAUCGUCAAAUUACUGCCUGGGAACUGCGACUAGAUGGUAUCUAACCAGGAUUAUCCUUACCAUGUUGGAAAAAUAUAAAUUGACUAACAUGUUCUG